AGAGCUGUCCAUUCAGCACCACCAGGCUCCCCAUGACCCUUUUUUGGAAGAAAACAUAAACUUGUGAUUAUCAAGGAAUAGAUGCAUUCAAGGCAAUUAGCGCAAUUAUCAUAAACUAGACGUCAAAGCUGUCACUUUGGAUGAAUCCUGCAGAUCUGAAGCAUUUGGUGGCAGCAUUUCAGAAGCAGGAGGACAUAAGGAAGAGAAGACUGAGACGUUCAGUCAGUGACGCCGAGCUGCACAACAACAAGCAUCUCAAUCCACCUUUCACUAUCCUGAAUCUGUGUCCGUGCGAACUGCAUUAUUUCCUGCAUACUGCAAGAUAAACUCCUCCAGGCACCGCGAGCCGUCAUGAACUCUGGAAGGUGUUGAAGAGACGAGACAGAGAUGCUGAUGUCUGGGACACUUCCUCGCCUCCUCCUGGCUGGCACCUGCCUCUGUGUCUACGGGACCCCUGUCCAUCUCCAGAACUUCACCAGCAACUGUGAUGGACAGUGUGGCAGCUCGGCAACAACCAUUGUGUCAACGCACGCCACAGAUAAAGAGCCCACAGUACAUGUGACUGGCCUGAUUUUAAAUGUUGAAGGAGGCGCUGGCCCACAUGGACGGCCUGAGGGGAUAGCUUCUGUGACGCAGACUGAAAACGGGGACAGCCACGAUCGAAGAUCUGGGCUGAGCGAGGCUGAAGGAGAGGCACGGAGCCAAAGGAGCAGGGUAAAGAAGGACGGGAGCUCGCCUGAGAUGGGGGACACUCACAGACAGCCGGAGGCAGCUUCAGUGCUGUCUGUUGAUCCACAAGGUGGAAAGGAGCCUGUGUCAGAACCUACAACUGGGACGAAGCAGGUGGACUCAACAGUGAGCUCAGCAAGGUCGACUCCAGAUGGAUUCUAUUCCUCCUUCACAACGCCACCACAGCUGAGCAUCACAUCCAGGCAGGACAGAGACCAAAGCGAGGAGGACUGGUCCAAAGUACCUGGUGAUUCUCUGGAGGACUCAGAAACCAGUUUGCCAUCCUCUAAAGAACCUCCAAAAUCUGGAUUAUGGAUCAAGACCCUGACCUCCCGCAGUCCCAUCCCUCCCUCUGUCUUUGCCUCCCCUCAGACCUCCACACAUUUGUCAAUUUGGGGCCAAGAUGGAGCUACAAUUUCUUCAAUUCCAGACCCCUUGCUACCUGAAAUUGGACCAAACCUAAUGCCCAGAGAAGAUGGACUGGAAAGCUUGUGGACUGAGGCAGCAAGGCCUGGAGAUGUGGACACUGUGGUCCCGCCGUCUGAGGAUGAGGCCACAGAGGGCACCAUGUCUUCAGAGGCUCUCCCUCUGAUCUUUGAGCCUUUCGAGGAUGUGACAGCAGAGGGGGCAGCAGCAGCAGAGGCCAUGGCAGCAGUCACAGCGGUGCCUGGCAGCGCUCAGCCGCCUGCUGCCAUGGCGACAGGAGGAAUGCAUCAGGUGGAUCUGGACCAGCUGGUCACCGUGGAGACAGACAGCGAUGGUCCAUCACACGCACUGCCACUGCUGAUGCCAGACUGGACGUCACCGUGGCAGGCGUCCGGCGGGGAGCUGCUGGAGCCAAUCGGCUCCUUGGGGCCGUCGUUGUCAGAGCGGCGAGGCGGAGCUGAGGAUCACUCUGAGAGAGGUGAUGUGAGGACAGCAAACCUUAAGGACAAUUUGCCCACCAACGGCCCAUCCUUCUCAUCCAUCCAGCAUGAUAUGACAACGGUAUCCAUGGCAACCCAUCAUCCGGUGCACAAAUCCAGAUCAGGGUUAGAAGAGAUGGAGUCUGAGGAGGAGACAGAUGAAGAGGACGAUGAUGAGAACUCUGAGGAAUCGAUGGAGGAUGACAGUGAGGAGGACCUAACAGAGACACCUAAAACCUUCUCAACGCGGCCUCCGUACAGCCUCAUCCCUCCACCUCCUCUCUGGGUCCAGCGCAACCAGGGGCUGAUGCGGAGCUGGUUAGAGUUGAUCAGAGAAAAGGCAGGCUAUGUGUCUGGGAUGUUGGCCCCUGUGGGCAUAGGCAUCACUGGGGCCCUGUUAAUCGUCGGCGCCCUCUACAGCAUCAGGAUGAUUCACCGCAAGAGGAGGAACAGCUUCAAACACCAGAGGAGGAAGGUCAGGCAGCCAGAGCAACCUCGAGAGCCGGGGACGAGCCGCCAGGACCAAGCCAUGCUGCUGGCUGACAGCUCUGAAGAUGAAUUCUGAUGAGACCCUGCUGGGCUCUUUUUGCCGGUGACCAAUAGCUGGAGCUACUGUAAUGGAGGCUCAGCAUACAACCCAAUCACUAUGACUACAACAUCUCCCAUCACCCUGGGCUGGCUCUGACUCAUCUGGUCCACAGAGUUUGACUGAGUAGAGGGCACAAUUUGCACAGGCUGCACAAAGUUCAGCUUUGUAUACCACCCCUUCUAAAAAAAACCAAUGUGAGCACUUUUCUGAAUGUUGUCAGGUGAUGAUGACUCUAAUGGCUUGGCAAGGCUAGCGCGAUGCACUUCAACAUAAAACAUAAUAUUGAUGCUUCUAAAAACAAAUGCAUUAGCAAGGUAUUGGCAGCAUUAAAGUGUUGUUGAUAAGUUGAGUUGAGGCAAAGUGUGGACCAGCAGGAUUUCUGUCAAGCAGUGAAAAGGGCUGUAGAAGAGAUACAUUACGUCAACAAUGUAAAUAUAUUUACUGUAUGUAACUGACUUGGGGUCAGUUGUUUGAUUGUAAAUACCUUUUUAAUUCUUGCUACAUGUGGAUAUUUAUAUUGUUCAACAGUUUGGUUAAAAUGUUUUGUUUUUUGUUUUUUUUUGCGAAGAGUUAGAUUAGAAGAAUGAUAGCGCUCUCAAAUCUGACGGUUAGCUGUAGCUAGCAGCCAGUUAGCCUAGCAGGAAGAAUGGAUGGAAACAGCUAGCUUUGCCCCUAUCCAAAAGACUAAACAUUUUAAAACGUAUUAAUAGUUUUUUUUUAAACCCGAAUCAUAAAAAAAAGGUGUUAAAUUGAUAAUUUGCUGUUUGACAGUGGCUACAUGUCAAACUUUUAUUUGGCUUAGAGAGCAGUGACUUGUUGGAGUCUGUACCUUACAACUGCGGGCUGCUAACUGGUAUCCAUAUUGUGUAACAUUUGGACAGAACCAGGCUAGCUGUUUGCAGCUUUUAUGCUAAACUCAUCACCUCUCCUGGCUGAAACAUAGCUUAAUAUUUACCACGAUGGUAACUAAAUUCUCAUCCAAUUAUAUGCAAGAGAAUGAAUAAGCAUGUUUCCCAAAAUGCUUAAGUAUUUCCUUAAACCAAGUUUGCCCCACAUUUCAUAAACCUUUACAUACAAUUAAUUUUAACAAAUGCUUAAUUUUAAUGUAUAUUUUCUGGAAAAAUGUAAAUGUGUUGUUCAAAAGCAUUUGUUCUCAAAAGUUACUGUGAGAGGCACAUACAAUACCAAUGUCCCUAAAAAAAAACUGUGAAGCAUAAAAACGAUGAUGUACAACUCGGAUACAAAUGAAUUGUUUUGCAAUUUUCAAAAAGUGUUCAUAAGCGCAUGACUAUUAAGUCUAUUCAUACACAGCUCUGUUGCAGUGACUUUUAUUAUAUUGAAUGAAGGGUUUCUGUUGGCUGCAAAAGCACAAACAUUGAAGAAACUGGGGCAGUUCAUAUUUUCACUAGUGAAUUAACAGAUCAUAUUUGCACAACAGUGCUUUUGUGUGGCAAUCUGCUUCAGAGAAGGCCAGACAAAGGACACAUUUCGGCAAACACGUCCGUCCCAUGAGUGUUAAAUUGCUGUAAUAAAAAUAUAAUCAAAUAAGCUCUUAAGUUUUCAGAAAAAACGUUAAUAAAAACCCUUUCUGCUAAAGUUCAGAGGACACACUCAUCCGAGCUGUGACACAUUACGACAUUAAUACACAUUGCUGUCUGUUGUUUAAAGGAAACAUAUUUUCAGUAAUUUCACCAGACAUUUGAAAUGCUUAAUGUACUGCCUGUUAAUAUGCAACAAUACUGUUUUAGGGUAAGUGUGAUGUAAAAUAGUGACCAGGUUUUUCUCUGUAGAUAAUUUAAAAUGAUGUGAUCCAAUAAACAAUUCUUUAAGA